GGGCGGCCCCCUAAUGCUGAGGUCGCACGAAGCGCGCUGCUCCGACGUUUGCGGAAGCACCGCGGUUUGUUUGUGCGAGCGAGCGAGCGACGCACAGCUGCUCCGACGCUCUGGGCGCCUUGCUGCUUGACGUUGCUGCGAAUUAAGUUAUCGUAUAGGCUGGAGUGCAACGAUGAUUGUGGUCCUCAUGGGGGUGUGUGGAUGCGGGAAGUCGACAAUUGGAAACACGCUUUCUGAAAAGAUGAAUUGGAAGUUUCUGGAUGCUGAUGAUUUUCAUCCACAGUGCAACAAAGAUAAAAUGCAAAAAGGCAUAUCUCUCACAGAUGAGGACAGGUUCCCUUGGCUGAUGUCAUUGCACAGUUUUCUAAGGGAAACUGCUGGAGGUGGUGAUAAUGUAAUCCUGGCGUGCUCUGCACUGAAGAAAGCCUACAGAGGAAUACUCGCGAAUGGCACAACCGACAAACGUGAGACCAAGGCGGAGACGGAGCUUGAGGUCUUAUUUGUGCACCUGCAUGGUUCAGCAGAGACGAUCGGAAGGAGACUACAACAAAGACAAGGACACUUCAUGUCCCCAGAACUUCUGCAGUCUCAGCUGGCCAUAUUGGAACCUCCUGGAGCAGGGGAAUAUUUUAUUAGCAUUGAUGUCGACAGAGACUUGAAUGCAAUAGCCACAGAUAUAAUUAAGCAUUUGGUGAAUAUUACACAGCCUCAGGAUUGAUAUCAGAGUGAAGUUAUGCAUUUGUGAAAGACAGUUCUAAUCUAAAAACGCUUGUCGACUUAGCACAAAACGAGGAAAGCAUUGCAAUCCAGAAGAACCUCUUAGCUGCUACCCUAUAACCCGUGAUUUCUAUUGUCUGUGAGUGCCAUUGGGUCCGCAAACCUCAAUAUUCACAGCCAUGUUCUUCCAAUUACCCACGAUUAUAUGCACUGGAUGAUAGGACCUGCGAGAUUGGUCCCCCACAUUGUAAUGGAUAAAAGGCGGUAUCCUAUAUAUGUCAUGGUGAAAAUGUGAAAUUGCCCAAAAAUGUUUAGCAUGACAGGCAUUAAGCAAAUUCAGUAAUGUAAUUUUGAGUAUGAAUGUAAAACGCAGCAAGUACGUGUAAGAUAUUUUAAUUAUGAAGGAUGCAGUGUUUAACAAAAUUAUCUGUCAUGAAAAGUAAACAUUGUUAAAUCUAAAAGUGUAAGCAGCCUGGAAUGCUUAUGAAGCAUGACACAAAGCAAUGCAUAACAAUUACGGGCCAUGAAUUAUGUCUUUUUUUGUCAUAAUACCCGUUUUAUUACGGCACAUAUACAGUAUAUUAAAUACUGUACACUUAAAAUGGGUAGAAUUCAUGCUAAUGUUAUGUUGCGAUUGGCUACUUUAACGGAGUGUAUAAAAAUACAGCUUUAAUCAAA